CCCCCAACCUCCUCCUCCUCAUAGACAGCGUACUCCCCACUCUCUUGCACCGGUCAACCACCCACCACCCACUGUAUCCCUAGUCCCCAAGUCUCCAAAAAUGCUGUUCAGCCUUCUUGCCCUCGCUCUCCCUCUCCUCCCCACCGCGCUCUCCCUCUCCCUCCCAGACAAGAGGGGCGAGAUCGACAUAUGCGCUUUUGUAGAUGUGGAGCUCAUCAUCGACGGCAUCGACUUUGGCAUCUUCAGGGAGUGUGUAUGCUUGAACAUCAUCGAUUCGAUCAUGGACAGCAACGCCGUCGCGCAGAAAGCGGCGAGAAAGACAAGCACAGGACAAGUGAAGAACACGAUAGCCAACACCGUGACCGACUCCGGGGGAGCAUCACAGUGCAUCUACCCGCCGCACGCCAACCCCGUGUGUACAGAAACAGACCCAUGCGCGUACACGUGUAUCGCCCCCUACGCGAAACGCGGCGGCAAGUGCGUCCUCGGCGCAUCGAGGCGCGCCUCCAAACGCGACCUCCCAGCCUGCGCCUCCGGACUGACCCAAUGCGGCGUCUGGUCUCACUGGGGUUCGCGGUCCUACGAAUGCCUCGACACCUCUGUGGAACUCGAGUCCUGUGGCGGGUGCGCCAUCCCUUACGGGGACGAAACCCCCACAGGCACAGACUGUACCCAGAUCCAGGGGGUGAGCGACGUCCUCUGCCAAGAGGGCCGGUGUGUCGUCCUCCGGUGCAGACCGGGCUGGCAAGUGCAGGAAGACGGCUGUGUUCGCUCGAGACCUAUGGCAGCCGAUGUCGAGCUAGCGAAGAGCACGCUUGAAGAGAAGCAGGACAAUCACACGAACAGUGCUGCUCGCCCUGGUAGCUCGAGCUUGAGGAACCAGAACCCGCUGCAUAUGGUCGCCGACCUUCUCCAGAGCGUGGCGUACUAGCCCUGUCUCCCUGUCUCCCUCCCUUUCCCUCCCUCACCCGCGCGUGCGACUCCCCCUUCCCCUUCCUAGCGCCUCCUCCGCAAGAUAUAGAGCGCUCCGAGUCCUCUCCUAGCCCUACGCUUAACCCUUCGUUCUUCCGCUGCAUAGAACUCAAUUUGCGCGUCAAUUUGUCAGUCAUGUUUUUCACCGUCUUUGUCCGAGAGAUCGUGGUUGAAAAUCCGAUUUGUUGAACU